AUGGCGCCGGCAACCAUCUCGACGGCGGCGAACCAUAUGCCAAAAGAUUGGCCAUGUAUUGCACCAGUGGCGGCGACUACGCCCGGCACAUCCUACGACGGCCAGACGGUGAAGGCGUACGUGCGGCGGCUCGGCAACACGGCGUCUCCACGACGAGCGCGGCAGCCUGGCGAACGUGCAGUUUCGGCACCUACAGCAGCGGCGAACAUGCAAAUCCCCGGCAUGGUGAUCCACGGCCGUGGCAAAUACGGCUCGACAAGGCGCCAGUCAACAGUGACUCCGGCGAUGGCCACCGCGGCGGCGGAGCGGUGCGGCCCGGCAACGCCUCUUUGCCUUAGCAAGUUGGGCCUUGUUGGCCCAGGAACACCACCAGUGUACAAGCACCAGAAGCUAGCUAAGUGCGAGAACGAGUGUAUACAUGUACAGUAUAUACGGCAAGAAAGCAAAUGCAAGGCUAAGGCUACAGCAACGUACAUAUAUGUUCGCCUCAUCGACCUCUCUGCCCAUUCACGCCACGGGCUCAAGAAGGCCCGAAACCCAUUUUGGGUACAAAGCCUACGAAUAAUUCUAAGUCAUGAGAAAGCGCUUGAGUUCACGCGCAUAUAUGAAUUGGCAGGCGACAAAGUGUCACGCCAAUAA